AUGAAUAGAGAUCCUGUAUCAAGUAUUCCAGACUCCUUAGGAAAGAACAAAUUUGCAAUUGGAGGUACUAUAAUCCAAUCACCAAAUUUAGUAGCCAAAAAUCCAACUUUCGAAGGCAACAGAGGAUGUGACCAAAAUAAUUCAUAA